CUUGUACGAGUUCUAAAUUCCCUUUCUUAUAUUUGGAUACGGUAGGCAGUCGUUUUUCAGCGGCGUGAUACUGUAUUUUUUAAUGUUACAGCUACGGUGCAAAAAUGAUCAUCCCAGUCAGAUGUUUCACAUGCGGCAAAAUAGUUGGAAACAAGUGGGAAGCCUAUCUCGGCCUGCUGCAAGCAGAAUAUACAGAAGGAGAUGCCCUGGAUGCCCUUGGUUUGAAGAGAUACUGCUGCCGCAGAAUGCUCCUAGCCCAUGUGGAUCUGAUUGAGAAGCUUUUGAAUUAUGCACCCCUGGAGAAAUGAGAUGAAAAAAAAAAAUUCCAUGCUGCAAGCCACGUGGAACGUAUCUCUAAUUCUAAACUUGAAACUGGACUUCAGGCAGUCAAGGAUGAAAGCCACCUGUAGUGUAACCACUGAGAGAUGUUAGCCUUCUGGAGAAAAUACUGCCCCGAGGCGCUAACCUCUUUCAAGGAAACAAAGGAAAGAUGAAGUCCACUUAACCAAGACUUGGAGAUUAAAUUAAAAGUUUGGAUGCUUCUUUUUAAAUCUGUGUUUGGAAUUGGUUUUUUAAC